AUGGCCGAGGCUACUGUUUCCUUUGCCGUGGAAAGGCUAGGUGGCCUGUUAAUCGAAGAGGCACGUUUCUUACAUGGGGUGGGCGACAAAGUUACUGAAAUUCAAGCUGAGCUAGGGAUGAUGCGAUGCUUUCUGAGAGAUGCUGAUGCAAGACAAUAUGAAGAUGAGGUCAUUCGCAAUUGGGUUGCAGAAAUCAGAGAGGCUGCUUAUGAUGCCGAAGACACUGUAGACUUUUGCCUUGAAGCUUGCCAGGAGGAGGAGAGGCGGUCUUCAAAACAUCCUCAAGAGACUUACUCCCACGAUGUCGAUGAAGAUACGGUUGGGUUGGAGGACAGCAUGGAGAUUUUGCUGGAACAGUUGAUGAAACCAGACAAGAGAUGCUCGGUUGUUUCCAUAUGCGGCAUGGGGGGUCUGGGAAAGACCACUCUUGCCAAGAAGGUUUAUCAUCAUGUUCAUGUUAGGCGUCAUUUUGACCAUGCUGCUUGGAGUUCCAUAUCUCAAUACUUCAAUGUCAGAGAAGCUGUACAAGGAAUAUUGAUCCAACUCACUUCUGCUGAUGAAGGGCACAAAGCGAAAAUCCGCAACAUGAGAGAUGAGGAGCUAUUCGAGAGCGUGUAUAAAAUUCAAGAGGAGAAGAAAUGUCUUGUGAUUCUGGAUGAUAUGUGGAAAAUAGGAGACUGGGAGAGUCUAAAACCCGCCUUUCCACUGCAUAAGGCGGGUAGCAAAAUACUGCUCACCACUCGGAUGCAAGCAGUGGCUUCACAUGCGGAUCCACAAGGUUUUUUGUACCAACCAGAGCUUUUAUCUGAGGAGAAGAGUUGGGAGCUUCUUCGAACCAAAGCAUUCCCCAAAGAUGAUGGGAGAGAUCCUACCACUAUUAACAACUGGGAGUUAUUGGGAAAGGAAAUGGCUAAAGAUUGUGGAGGUUUGCCACUGGCUGUUGUUGUGCUUGGAGGACUUCUGGCUACAAAACAUCAUACCUAUGAAUGGGAGAGGGUUCAUAAACAUACUAAAUCGUACUUGAGAAAAGGUAAAGGCAAAUACGAGCAACAAGGUAGUGGAGUGGCAGAUGUGUUGGCUCUAAGCUACCAAGAUUUGCCAUACCAGUUAAAAUCAUGUUUCCUCUAUUUAGGCCAUUUCCCUGAGGACCAAGAAAUACAUACAAAAGCUUUAAUACGAAUGUGGGUGGCUGAAGGGAUUGUGUCACGAGUGGAAGAAGAAACGCCGGAGGAUGUUGCAGAAGGGUAUCUAGAUGAGCUAAUUGGAAGGUGUAUGAUUCAAGUAGGAAGAAGGGGUUCAAACGGAAGAGUCCAAACUUGCCGAUUGCAUGACCUUAUGCGAGAUUUAUGCUUGUCAAAAGCAGAGGAAGAAAAUUUUCUUGAGAUUGUCAAUCUUCAACAGAUGGAAACAUUUUCAUCUUCCAUGCCAACAACACGCACUUCAAAUAAAGUCCGAAGACGUGCCAUAUUUCUGGAUCGAUGCAGUCCUUUAGAAAGUGUUGAAGAGGCUAGACUACUCUCUGUAAAUGGAGAUGAAGGUGCUAAUAGCUAUGUCAAUUUGAUCCCACAAAACGGGCUAAGAUACAUCACUACGCUUCAGAUAUUGGAUAUUUCGUAUAUGCCCAAAGAAUUCAUACAGAGGCUUCAAGUGAUAAAUGGACUAGAAGGGGACGAUUUCUACAAAGUCCGGCACGUGCCCUCCGUCUCAUUAAUUGUUGAUUUCAUGAUCAGCCCACUUGCAAAAGCAAAUAUGAAACGAAGAGCACUAGGUGGCUCCUGUGCUGACAUUAUUGAGGGUUGGUGCAAAUUGCAGACCCCACUUGGUGGCCUUUUCUUGCUUCUUUAUGUGUUUGAUUGGAGUGUGGUAGACUCCCAUGUUCAAAGAGAGUGUAUUAUUGGAGACAGCCUUCUAUUCUACUUUUACUUUCUAUUGCUUGUCAUCAUUGAGUGUGCUACUACGCAUGUAAUUAGAAUUAUGGGCAAUGGAGGAAGGAGGGAUCCGAUGCUUCUCAGCAGUCACCACAGUCACGCCGCUGACACCAAGGUGCUGCAGUCCAUCCGUUGUGUUCUCAAAGACAAUCACAGGUUGGACUGA